CCCGUGCCGCGGCUUGUCCCUGCUGCCGCCGCGCUGCUGACGGCCGCGGAUUGGACGAUGCCGAUGUUGAUGGCGCGAGGGGCGGCGUGGCGCGAUGCUGCGCUGCGCUCCCCCAGCUCCUUAUCGCCACGGUCGGGAUGGGGCGCGGCGACCCAAGACGGGGCAACGCGAGGCAGAUCAGCAUCGUGCACGCGGGCAUGAACGAUGAACAAUCAAUCAAAUGCGACCGGCCGAUGUGGCGUUAGGACACUUUCGAUAAUCCCAACGCUCGCGUGGUGACAGCGCGGGGGGGCUGCCGUUAUCCGUCGUCCCAUCCAGAAAAACGAAAAGUUUUCAGCAACCAGCGUAUGGUUACUGCGGGCACAAUCAUAAAAUAUGGUUGAGGCAACAACAGCACAUGUAACAAUAACAACCAAUAACACGGUUUUGAACAAGCAGGUCGUCGACUCAACCAUAGUUUAAAAGACCCCCCCUGAAAGAACCAAGAUAUGGUUCCGACAACUUUUCAUUUUUCUAGGUGCCUCGUCGGGCGCAGGGACUACUUCGAGCUUUUACGUGUCGAUUGCAAUGGCGUUUGCCAUGUGAAUGUGACAUUUCACUUUCAACAACAAUGGAGAGAUGAAAGGAAGGGCUGUAGUUUUGAGUGAACAUUUGGAAAUGUUGAACAAGUAGCCUCAGUUGGAAAUUUCACAUAGAUAAAUAUUUUUAACAACAAUACAGAAACCUUAAAAUUUAUAAUUAUCUUCUUCAACUCUUUUUGAUGAUUUAAUUUAAAUACGUCAAACUUUUUCAGAAUAACAUUUCCAAGCAUCACUCGUCAGCUGCACCUCAUGCGCUUCGCGCCCUCCGUCCAAGUCCAGUGAGACUGCAGGGCGGUGGUGUCCUAAAGGGCUGAGCAGCUGGAGCCGGCUCCGGCGCGCGGCGGCGGCAGCGCCGCUCACUUGAGCCGAGCACGGCGCGGCCGGGCUGCCGCUGGCUCGCGCGCCACGGGCUGCUAUCCCGGCCCGCACACGGCCGCCCGCCCGGCUUGAGUCCGCACGUCGCCGCGUCCCGCCGCCCUCCGCCGCGCAGAGCAGCGCCGGCGGUUCGACCACCUCGCGCGCGGUCGCGGUCCUAACGUGCGCGCGUUCGUCGCGUCUGUUGUGUGUCGAGUGUGUGUGUGUGUGUGUGUGUGUGUGUGUGUGUGUCAAGUGUCGUGCGUGUGACUCGUGAGUGUGGUGUGCGCGUGCUGCUGCUGCACCUCCUCGCCCUCCAGCCGCUGUGCGCGUGGAGCUCGCCGCGUUAUUCGCCCUCAGACACGCGGGCUGCCGAUAACGUCUGCAGCGGUGCAAUCAUCCAGGACCACCCACCAACCACUGAUCCAAUCACCCCCUGUGACGUGACCACCACCGCCGCCACCACCACCAGGAAUGUCGUGUCGUGCAGUGAAUGUGUUCAAAGUGCCGCGGUGCACCGCCAGCGCCGCCCGCCCUCCCGGCCCCUCGAAUCUCAGCGACUAACAGCUGACCUCAUGGAGUGCGUGGCUGACGCGACGACGGCCGGCUUCUGGAGCCGGCGCCUAGAGGAGGGUGGAUCGCCACCGGCGGAGGACGCCAGCCUCGACACCACCCUGCCCGGAGGACCGCUCCACCCCAAGUGUCUCCGUCGCGGUCCUGGCACCGGCCCGGGGCCCCCUUACAGCGGCUCGUACCGCAAGUUCGUCAACCACCUGGUGCGGUCCAACUUCUCGGACAAUCUCAAUGACGACUCGUCGUUCGUGGGAGUGGAGGCGGACGCGCCGAGGGCGCCCGCCCUGGACUGCAUCCUGGACGACGUCCUGGCGGAGGAGAGGGACGUGGUGGUGCGCCCCCUCCGACCCCCAAGGCCGCCGCCGCGGUUGGGCCAGCACAGGGCGGGCCGGGCCCGGGGGAGCAGUGCGCUCUGGAGCGGCUGGGCCCCGAGCCUGACGAGCAUCAGUGCGAGCGCACCGCUGUGCCUGUGCCUGGGCCCCGAGCAGCUCGCCGAGCAGCAGACGCCCCCGACUCCUCCACCUACUCCCGAGCGGCCGCCGCGACUCGCACCGCGCAGGCCCCCCGGCCACCCCGCCCCAUGGCUUGCCAUGCAUAUGACGCAUUUGAAGUGCAUUUGUAUUGUCUUGGGAGACCUGCCCGAAGCAAGUAGCAAUAGCAAGUUGUCAAAGAACAAGGCAAAGAAGAACACACGCAGUGAUGUGCCGUUUGCAAUCAGGAGUCGUGAGUUUGCUGCCAACCAAUCAGCCGAGCAGUGCAGCCACCGGGAACCCGUUCUGUCCCUAAAGGCUUUGGAUCCAAUAGAGCAGUCUCUACUGCACGAAUUCCUUUUUAGAGUUCGAAGUUCUGUGGAAAAUCAACAUGAUACUUUUGCUAGAUGUCUGCUGCUUAUGAUAUAUGUCAAAAAUAUAGCAGUAACUGCAGUCCAGCGAAGCAAAACACUACACAAAGUGUUGGACUGA